CUAAUUUUAAGUGUAGACAAAGAAACAUUUCAAAAUUUGGGACUUGACGGGAAAAAAUCACAUUUUACAGGAAAAAAUAAAUAUAGAUAUAAAAAUGCCUAAACAUCGAGAUGUACCAUCUCUACAGAAACUAUCCCUUAAAAGCAUUGGGUCACUAGUAGUAUACAUGGCACCCUUUAUUAUAACCAAAAUACAAGUGUAUCAUGAGCCUCAAAAAAUAAUUACUAGCCUACAGCAAAGUCUUGAUUGGUUAAAUAAGUUACUGGUUUCACAUGUUCCUUAUUAUCUAUAUGAUACAAUGGCUGUGGAAGUAUUGAAGUCUGUUAAAACUUUAAUAGAGAAAACAAAAAAGACAUAUUACCCACAUACUUCAAUGUCUGCAUUUUUAACGGAAAUGAAUGUAGUAGUUAGUUUGACUGAAGUAGUGCUCAAUUCUCAUUUAAAACAGAUAGAUUUUUCAGAAUGGCCAAAAAUUAUGAGAUAUGUUCUUUAUAAAAAGUUACAUAAUAUGACUGGCCUGGAGAAUUUGAACUUGGGAUCUUGUUCUGGUGGUUGGAGAACUAGUGAAUAUGAUAAAAGUUUGUUAGAGGGAAUAUCUACAAUGAAAUAUUUAAAAUCUUUGUGCUUGUGUUUUGAUAGCACUGAUAUAAUAGUCCAGACAGUGGGAGAAAACUGUCCUAAUAUUCAAUGCUUAGAUCUGACUUCUUCUAGAUCAGUUACGGAUCGCAGUAUACCAUUUUUACUAAAAUGUAAAAAUUUGAAAGAACUUCAGUUACACAGAACAUCUGUUAGUAUCGAAGGCCUUGCACAACUGAUUAUAGGCUUACCUAAAUUACAAGAUACCGGUCGAUGUGAUGAAUUUGGAGGUGUUAUAAAAUAUCUAUAUCAGCAUCACCAGAAUCGUGGCCCAUUUGGUCUCAGAAAAGUACAAACUCGUGAUUUAUCUACUGAGAAUUUGAGAUUAUUUGUUGAUAUGUUUCCUAAAGUUGAAUAUAUCAGUUUAUUUCAUGAAGAACAAAUAUCAGAUUUAACUGUAUUAAUUUCACUGGAUAAUUUAAGGGAGUUAAAAUUGUUGUCGUGUGCAUUUUAUGGGGAUUAUUUAAAGCAACUUUUAGAGGUCAGAGGAUAUAAUAUCACUAGUUUGCAUUUAGAACACGUAGAGGAAAUGGAUUUUAAAGUUUUAGUAGAUAUAAGUCAAUUUUGCCCAAAGCUGAAAAGUUUAGUUUUUUACAACUGUGAUUUUAUGAAUAACUCCUCAAUUCCACCACAAAGAUAUAAAUUACAACCUUUUCUAAACUUGGAAAGAAUAUUUUGGGUUGUAGAUAGUGCUAUAAGUCAUUUAGAAUUUAUUUUAAUGCAUGCUUUAAAUAUUCGCUACAUACAUUUAGGAUCAUCCACUGGGAUCACUCAUUCAACUAUGGUAAAUGUAUUAAAUGUAAACCCUAUGAAACAACUUGAAGAAUUUAGGGUACUAUAUAGUAGCGAUAUGAAUAUGAGAACUGUGGAACUGCUACUAGCUAGUUGUACAAAUUUAAAAGUUCUUUCAGAAUUAGAAAGUUGGCAAGGAAUAAUGAUGGAAGAACUAAAAGGUUUUAAAGAAUAUAUUUAUUCUAGUAAUUUUGAUUUGGAUAUACGACCUACUUUAUCAUUUUCUACAUAGUGUGUUUAUUUAUGAGGGUAUUGUCUGAAGUUUUUAUUAAUUUAAAUGGAGGAAGCAAUUGCAUAUAUCCUCUUCAAUGUACUACAUGAAAAAUUUAUCUUGCAAUUAUUGCUGUACUGAACUUAUAUAUUGCUUCAAAGUGUUAGCCACCUAUUUAUUAAUUUGUUGUAAUGAAACAUUUAAUUUGGUUAAAUAUUUUGCAACAUUUAUAAUACUUGUGUUACACAUUGUCUGGUUUAUUGUCAAAUUUAAUAUUUAAAUAUAUACAUGUAUAUUGAUAUAAAUAUAUUUUCUUUAUUUUAUUUUUAAGUUACAAUCACAUAACAACAUAAUAAUUGUUAUUAUAACUUAUGUUUCUAGAUAAGUUUAUGCUAAUGCCUGUUUUAAAUUUUUUUUUUAAUUUCAAAUGGAUAAUAAGUGGGUAAGUGUUGUUGAUGUGAUUGUAUAAUAAAAAGUGUUUUUCUAACUUGUUUGCCAAUAUUUUAGUUAUUAAGAUUAAUUUAAAAGAAGAUUUUUUGGAACCAGGGAAACCCAAGUAUGAGAAAAUAAAAUCACGUUUGCACACACUGGGUAAAUUCACAGUU